AUGCUUAUGACCGAGCACCUAAACACGGUAUGGAGAUCUAUGCAGGAAAAGGGAGUUGCUGAAAAGUAUGAAAGGUUAGUAAAACAUAUGUACAAGGAUGUAACAACACAAGUAAGAAGCAGGGCAGGACUGACAGAAAAGAUAAGUGUACAAGGAGGAAUGCAUCAUAGGUCAGGGCUUAGCACAGACGUCUUUGACCUAGUAAUGGAUAUAUUAGCCAACGAAGUAAAGGAGGAUGUACCAUGGGGUAUGCGUUUUGUGGAUGUUGUUUUGGUGGCUACGUCAAAGCUAGACGUGGAGAAGAAGUUAGAACGAUGGAGAAGGGCUUUAGAAGGUAGAGGUUUAAAGAUCAGCAGAACCAAAAACGAGUAUCUACCGUUUAGUUGUCAAGAUCACAUAGAAAGCAUCAAGCUAAAUAAAGAAGAAGCAAAAUGUGUUAGAUUGUUUAAAUGCCAAAGUUCGCACAUAACAAGUAGAGUUGAACCAAAGAAUCCAAUCAACAUGGGUAAACUGGAGGAGAACAUCGGGUGUCUUGCAAUACACAUGAGCACUGAGGAGGGAGCAGAAGCAGGAACCAGGAGAGCACAAUUCAUACGAUUUGCUUUGGUACAGAAAUGUUAUUUCGGGGGCGUAGAGUUUGAUCUGCCUGAUACUGACGUAUAUUGGAGUAUAAGAGGUGAGGAAAAUAAUGUGCAAAAAGGUGACGAGUCUCCAAACAGCGUGGCAACUGCAAGAGAAUCGAUUGAAAAGGGGUUUGCACUCUUGGAUCUUACCAUUUCUUACAUUCUUAAAUACCAUAUUCAUGGCAUACUGGAAAGAAUCAGGGUAACUAUAUUCAUCAUAUUCCUCUCACUCCCAUCUGUUGUCACACAAUCGCAGUUCGUCACCUAA